UUGAAAACAACAACAGCCACACAACCGUAACUUUCAAAAACCGUUGCGGGCGCAAUUUUGAGACGUCACGUCGCAUUUAAAGAUGAGUGACUUACGAAGUGAAGACAACUCAUUAAUUAUUGACUGCGGUUCGAGAACUUGCAAAGCCGGUUUUUCGUUACAGGAAAGGCCUUAUGUAGUGUUCAAGACUGUAGUUGGAAAAUAUGAAGGUGUGUCUGAUCAAGAAGGAAGCUUUCUAGGAGAUGAUGUUAAAUCGAUGAGAGAUUUUCUUGACUUGAAAUAUCCUGUUGAACGAGGUAUUGUGAACAAUUGGGAUGAUAUGGAAAAUAUUUUGAAAUACACUAUCGAGAAACGAUUGAAAACAAACGCAAUGCUACACCCAAUAAUGAUAACUGAAAGUCCAUCGAACCAUAAAGCUAAUCGUGAAAAGAUGACCGAGAUCGUGUUUGAAAAGUUCAAAGCUCCUUAUUUUUAUGCUGCUAAACAAGCUGUACUUGCACUGUUCGCAACUGGUCGGACAACUGGAGUGGCCUUCGAUUCUGGCGAUGGAGUAUCUCACAGCGUCCCGAUCUUUGAUGGAUAUGCUGUACCUUCUGUUACCCAAUAUUUAAAUGUUGCUGGCCGUGAUCUCACGGAUUACUUAAGGAAAAUGUUAUCUGAACGUGGUUAUAGUUUUGCAACUACCACUACACGAGACAUUGUUGAUGACAUAAGGGAAAAAUUGUGCUACGUAACUCCUGACUACGGUAAAGAAAUCAAUGCAAUAUCUUCCACGUUGGAUAAAUCCUACAGAUUACCUGAUGGACAAUUAAUCACGAUUGGAAGUGAAAGAUUCCGUUGCACAGAAGCUCUUUUCAAACCUUCAUUCUUAGGAAUGGAAAAUCGUGGAAUCCACAAAAUCAUUAACGAUUCCCUGAUGAAGUGUGAUGUAGACUAUCGUAGGCUAAUGUCCUCCCAUAUUGUUAUGUCUGGAGGUAACACAUUAUACCCGGGUUUUGCUUCAAGAAUGCAAAAAGAAAUUAUGCAAGAAGAUUUAACUACAGAUGGAAUAGAAAGAAAGAUAAUUUCUAAGCCCGAAAGAUAUCAUUCGAUAUGGAUAGGAGGUUCUAUGUUGGCUUCUUUGCCAAGCUUUCGACGGUUUUGGAUCUCCGGUGCCGAGUACGCCGAAUCAGGUCCAUCUAUUGUGAAUAGAAAAUGUUUGUAA